AUGUCAACGGGAUCUAUCAGUGACACCGAGGACUUGCGGGAGAUGGAGUUACACGGGUUCCAGCUCCGGUGUAACGGUUUCAAACACGAGGCGAACGACACGGAGUUCUACAUCUCGGCUGAAACCACUGACGAGGCGUGCUCCGACUGCAGUCCCAAGAGGAAGAGGCGGCCGGGCGUUCGCAAAAAGCAACUGCCCAAGCGAGUCAAAGAGGGAAAACAGACGCAGAGAAACGCUGCCAACGCCAGAGAGAGAGCCAGGAUGAGAGUGCUGAGCACAGCCUUCUCCAGAUUAAAAACCAGCCUUCCCUGGGUGCCGUCAGAUACCAAACUCUCUAAACUGGACACCCUCAGACUGGCAGCUAGUUACAUUGCACACUUAAGGCAAAUCCUGGCCAACGAUAAAUACGAAAAUGGAUACGUCCAUCCGGUAAAUCUGACUUGGCCUUUCAUAGUUUCAGGAAGAUCAGACGUUGACAGCAAAGAUCUCACAGCUACGUCCAGAUUGUGUGGGACCACGGUCUAG